AUGUUCAAGCUUGCUUUGGUUCAAGCCCUCGUUGGGUCCGCUUUGGCUGGCACUGUCAUCUGGGAUGGACGAUUCAACGAAUUCUCAUCCAGCACAGAUUUGAACAACUGGUCGUGGUCCAACCAAGUUGGUCCAUACCAAUACUACAUCCACGGCAGCGCCGCAGUCACCCAAUAUGUCAAUCUCUCUCCAAGCUACAAGAACCCUGCCGACACCGCCUCCAACCAGGGUGUCAAGAUCUCUAUCGACAAGACCGCCUACUGGAACGGGCAGAACAUGAGACGUACCGAGUUGAUCCCCCAGACAUCCGCCGGAAUCAACCAGGGACGCCUCUACUACCAUUUCUCGGUCAAGAGGACCAAUACCAAUGCUCCACGUGCUGAUCUUGAGCAUCAAGUCAACUUCUUCGAGUCUCAUUUCACGGAGUUGAAGUAUGGUCUUCUCUCUGGUGCCUCUGGUUCCAGCGAUCCUACUUUGAAGUGGUGUGUCUCCGGACAAACCAAGUGGAGCGUCACCUUCGAUGCCGAUGUUUGGCACAACGUUGCUUAUGACAUUGACUUCUCUGCCAACCAAGUCUCUUUCUGGCACUCUACUGGUUCCGACCCACUCGUCCUCACUGCUGGUCCUUUCUCCGUCAGCACCUCCUCCAACGGCGCUGACUGGCACUUGGGUGUCCUCCGUCUCCCAAUGAACUCUGAUCUCCAGAGCUCCGACGUCGAGGACUGGUACUUCAGCGGUGUCUACGUCGAGUCUGGAUCUUUGAACACUCAAAUCGGAUCCGGUGUCACCCCAACCACCACCCGCACCACCACCACUCCUGUCCGAACCACCACCACCAGCUCUACUACUACCCAGCGAACUACCACUGGAACCACUCUCAGCACAACCAUCCGAACCACCACCACUACAAGCCCAACUACCACCGCACGAACCACCACCCCAUCCACCACUCGCUCCACCGCCGUCGCCACCACCACAACCAGUGCCUCUGGAUCUCCACCAGCCAACAAGUGGGGACAAUGCGGCGGUAUCGGCUGGACUGGUGCCACCACUUGCGUCGAUGGAAGCACCUGCCAGGCUCUUAACCCAUACUACAGCCAGUGCUUGUAA